AUGGGCUCUAUUGCGAGCGGGAUUUCAAUGAUCCUAGUCGGCAUAUUCGGCCUUGUUCCGCUGCUGUUCGUCAUGGCACAUCUGUUGGUAUUCCGUUAUCGUCUUAAUCCAUUCCAGUACUUGAUAAUUUCAAAACUAACAGCCGAUGGUCUUGCAAUGCUAGUCCCAGUCAUGGCAUUUUCUGCAUCACAACUAUUUUUUGGUCGUUGGCUACAUGAGGACAACGAACACAUUGUCGGUUACUUGGCCUUGUCACUGCAAUAUUCGAGUAUCUAUACGUCGGUAGCGAUGACUGUCAAUCGAUUCAUCGUUGUCACCUUCCCUCGUCAUUACAAUAAAUGGUUCAACACCAAAACGACAAUGGUCUCGAUCACAGCGUGCUGGGUGAUCGCAUGGGUUCAUAAUACUAUCCAUUUGAAGGAAGGUUGCAACUUCACCUUCGAUGCACAAAUACGCCAAUUCAAGUUCAGUGAUGAAGAAUGCGGACGCACACUUUCACUUUAUCAAGAUCUGAUUUACAACCUCACAAUGGCAGUCAUUACUACGCUUGUCGACGUCUACUGUUUACUUAAACUAAGCCACUACAGAGGGAAAACAGUUUACUCCCCUGGCCGAUCAAAGAAGGAAAGGUCAUGGUUUCUUCAGACAACAACAAAUUCGAUUCUCUACGUACUAAUGUUGGUAUCAUUCCAUGUGGCUGGCUGUUUCGAGGGAAUUACGAUACAGUUCAUCCUCACGGUAGUGGCGUGGCAACUGUAUCUUGCAUCAGCACCGUAA